UCGAAAGAUUGUACCGAAGAAGAGAGAAACGUUUGGCCCUCAAAUAAUAGUUUUGCUUUUCCAUUUUAUAUAUUUUUAUUUAUAUCGACAGUAUUUUUGCUCAUAGUGGCAUCUUCUGGAAAAUAUGACUGAGGAUAUUUUAACCACUCUGAAAAUACUGAUCAUCGGAGAAAGUGGAGUGGGCAAAUCCAGUCUUCUUUUGAGAUUUACAGAUGAUACAUUUGAUCCAGAAAUUGGUGCAACAAUUGGUGUAGAUUUCAAGGUGAAAACCCUGGCUGUGGAUGGGAACAGAGCAAAGCUUGCAAUCUGGGACACAGCAGGUCAGGAACGUUUUCGAACUUUAACACCCAGUUACUACAGAGGAGCUCAGGGUGUCAUUCUGGUGUAUGAUGUCACUAGGCGAGAGACAUUUGCUAAGCUGGAUAACUGGUUGAAUGAGCUGGAUACAUACUGUACAAGAAAUGAUCUUGUCAAAAUGCUGGUGGGAAACAAAAUUGAUAAGGAAGACCAUGAGCUUGAGCGAGAAGAGGGUCUGAAGUUCGCUAGAAAACAUUCCAUGCUUUUCAUAGAGGCCAGUGCAAAGACGAGGGAUGGUGUUCAGUGUGCAUUUGAGGAGCUGGUGGAGAAAAUCCUGCAAACUCCAGGCUUGUGGGAGAGCGUGCACAAGACAAGAGGAGUUGCCCUGUCUGAACUCUCUGAAACUGGUCAAGGAGGCUGUGGGGCGUAUUGCUCACUUCUCUAACACAAAAACUGUUUAAACAGUGCAGGUUAGAUUAGUUAACGCUUAUGUAUGCAGGAUAUUUGCCUAUGUAUCCGUGCAAGCACACAAGCAAAAUUCAAGAACACUCAUAUCUCAUGCUUAAAGCAUUAAUCAUUUAACUGGUCCAGCACAUACAAUAUUAGGACAAUUGCUGGAAAACUAGAUAAGCCUUAGGGGGGGACCUUUUCCACAUUUCCACAUUUUUAGCAAUGAAAUUAAUUUAAAGAGCUCUAUUGAAGGCAUGCUCAUCAUUUGUGUUCGGGAGGUGGAUAAAAAAGCUUAAUUACUCCAUUAUACCUCAGAUCAGUUUGCAUAUUUCUCGUAGUGUUUUACUUUGUUUUGUCCCAGUGCCUGUGUUUCUUAUUUAGGGAGAAGUAAACACUCAUCAGUCUAACUCGACCUUUCAAACUGCUGGAAUGAGACCUCAGUAGAACACAGAUUGCCAUCAACAUGCCCUCGCUUGAUGUCUGCAACGUGCGGAACUCCGUUCUUUCUUUAUCUGUCCAUCUUUGGAUCCCACUUUUUCCUACUGUCAGUCACUUGUUAACUCUCUUUCCUCUCUCUCGCUACAUGUAUCUGUCUUCAAUUCAGUUCUUUCAGUUCUGUCUCUUUUUCUCUGUCCCUCUGUCCCUCUCUACAGAAUAAUAAGAGUUACCAAGAUUUUGGAUCUGUGUUUUACUACAUUUAUUGACAUGGA